AUGACCAGACUGGUGUAGUGCUCCAGCGGUCCGCUGUGGCGGCAUUGCUGUCUUCUGCAGCAGGUUGGAGAAUAUCUCCAUCUGUCGAGUAGCCUGACCAGUAGACAAGAUCACGGAAUUAACGUUAACAUCCUGAUGCUGCGGUAGUAAGAUAUAUAGCUAGACCCUGUGGAGGUUUAACGUUACGUGUUUAGAGGAGCAAAAACUGUUAUCCAGUUAACGUUACGAAGUUAACAAGCAAGCUUCCAAAGAUUGAUUGAUUUGUCAGCGAUUCGUUAUUCCCUCGUCUCAAAAAGUGUAAUGAGGAGUCUGCAGCCAGCCAGCCUGUGUGCCGUGCAGCAGCAGAGACGAGAGGAGCAGAGAGAAAACAUACAGCACAGCAGCUAAAGGCAAGAUGGCUUCAACAGCCUGCUGAGGCACUGUGCAGGGUUUAGAACCUUCUUCUGCUAUUCUGGAAUCUAACCGGGAUCUAAGAAGGGAAGCGCUUGGUUCUCAAGCGUUCUAGAUCAAAGGAGAUCAGCUCCAAUGAGUGUACCUGCAGCAGCAGCAGCACAGAAAGCAGACAGCAACAGUGAAAUGCAGUCACCUGCAGUGUCUCCCUCCUUCCUCCCCAGCCAGCCAGGAAAGAUUCCAGGCAGGAAGAGGGGGAGACCCCCACUACAUCGCAAGAUGGAUUUUCCAACCCGCUACCCUGAAUCCCUCCCUCCCCUCAAAGUGCCCAAGAAGAGGGGGAGAAAACCUGGCUUCAAGCUGAAACCCAGGAUGGUGCUGAAUCCCCUGGCCAUCUCUCCUCCCAGCAGCACCCCAGAACCAGACAUGAGCUCCAUCCCCCAGGAUGCUGCUACCAUCCCCCACUCUGCCACACCCCAGGUGCUCACAGUGUGUAUCUACAUCAACAAGCAUGUCAACAUGGGUCCUAACCUGGACAGGAAGAAGCUGCAGCAGCUCCCAGAUCAUUUUGGGCCUGACAGGCCCUCGGUGGUUCUGCAGCAGGCCGUCCAGGGAUGCAUCGACAGCGCCUUCCAGCAGAAAGCUGUGUUCACUCUCCUCACACAGGGCUACGGAGGGGAGAAAAUAUCAGCCACUUUCGAUGGGAAGCAGCACCUUCUGAGUCUCCCUGUGGUCAACAGCAUGGGCUACGUUCUACGCUUUCUCAAGAAGCUCUGUCGCAGCUUGCACUGUGAAAACCUCUUCAGCGACCAACCAAUCCCCCAGCAUAAUAAUGCCUCCUACCAAUCAGAGGCUGAAACCUCCAUGCCAGAGGAGUAUCUUCUGGACCCGUCAGACAAACGCUACUCAAUGGACCCAGGUGACUCCGCCUUCAGUGCCAUAAGCUCCUCCUACUCAUCCAAACCAUCCUAUGGGUUCCGCUCCUCGCAGCAGUUCCCCAACGGCUCCUCCCCCUUGGGCAUGUGUAGACAGACGUCCAGCCCUAACACCUUCAUGGAAGGCAACAGGAUAGCGUACAAUCCAUCUCAGGACUCCCAGGAGUCCAAGCCGCCCCCCAGUAAGGACCCUUCCACCUGGAGUGUAGAGGAUGUGGUGUGGUUCAUCAGAGACGCUGACCCGCAGUCCCUGGGCCCUCACGCGGACGUCUUCAGGAAACAUGAGAUAGACGGCAACGCGCUGUUACUUCUAAAGAGUGACAUGAUGAUGAAGUACCUAGGACUGAAGCUGGGGCCAGCCCUGAAGCUCUGCUAUCACAUCGACAAACUAAAACAAAACAAGUUCUAAAUCUGAACAUUUUUUCACGUCAUCAAUCUGUGGGACCCAACUUUGUGGAUGCGUUCCAAAUGGUACCCAUAACCCACUCGUUUUGACCGUAGCCCUAUUGGCCCUGGUUAAAACUAGUUCAAUAUAUAGGGAAUAGGGUGCCAUUUGAGACGCUAUAUUUUACUGGUUAUUUUUGCAUUUUCAUAUAUCAUGUAUCUAAAGAAAACAAUGUGAUCAUGUGAUCGUGACAGAAUACGUUUUUGGAUAUUCUAGAUUUUCUGUUGAAACAAGGUUUUGGUUUAUACAGAUUACAAAAUAUGCAAAUUGUGGAAUGCAUAACUGAUACACUGGUUGACAAUACCUGGAUGAGAGAUACAGCUGUCCUAUAAAUUUGCUUAUUAAGGCACCUAUGCGCCCUGGUAAAACAUACCAAGUUACGUUUAUGAUCUGUUGAGAAGUGUGAAUUAUUUUAGAUAAACUGUUAUUUAUACUUGGUCUCAAAUCUGCAGUAUAACUUUGUUUUAAAGGAUAUAAAAGGGGGGG